GUUUCUUCUUACAGAGUACAGUCCUGGGGAAGAAGAAUCGAUAUGUGCCAAUAUUGAGUACUACAAACAAGGUUAUGAGCGGAUAGACAAAGCUAGCACGUCUAUGGCUAUAAUACGAGCCAUCCGACUGUCUGCCCCUUACCCAGUGGUUGCUCUUCUCAUGAUAGUCAUUGCAGCCAUCACCAGCGUCAUUGGUAACAUAAAAGCGGAUGUGAAAACGUUGAUAGGGGCAAUCAUCUAUGUUUUCUCAGGUCUGGCUUUGUCAGUUGGCAUCAUCCUCUACAUAUCAGCUGUCAACGAUGAGGUGGGACAUCGGGCUAAGAUCAUUGGGGUUCAAGGUCCCAAGUUUGCCUACUUCUAUGGCUGGUCGUUCUUCUUUGCUGGAGUCUCAUUCAUCACUGCCGAAAUGGCAGCCGUGUUCGGCAUCUCACUCUAUCUGCUGCGCAACUCACACGUCGACGACAUGGUGCGAAUCAUACCAGGCCUGGAGGACAAGGUGGACGGUGACAAUUACCAAGACAAUGUUGGCAUACAGACAACGACGAUCGUUUUAUGAGCGGGAUGCCCGAAUGUUUACCGUGUCGAUGUUUUUUGAUAUUAUGUGUUUUGUUGUUGUUAUUUUUACAAGAAAGCAGGAAAGAAGAAGAAGAAGAAGAAGAAGAUGAUGAUGACGAAGAAGAAGAAGAAGAAGAAGAAGAAGAAGAAGAAGAUGAAGAAGAAGAAGAGAAAGGGAAGAGGAGUAAAAGAUGGGGAAGGUGAUAGAGAGAGGGAAAGAAGGAGGCAGGGAAGAAAGUGAGGCAAAGAGAGAGAAAGGAGCAAUGAAUCUAUGCAUGUGCAUGCGAG